AUCUGCUGCCAUGGUGAAUGAGAAGCACAAUGGCACCCUGCUUGUGCAGCUGGGGCCCAAACUGCAGGCCCACCCAGAGAAGCUGCUGCGGCAGCGGCGAGGCCACGACGAGCGGCCGGAAUACCUGGUCCGGUGGAGCGUUGUUAGCUUGGAAGAGAGAGCGGCGGGAGGCAGCAGUGCCUGCUCUGGAGAGAGCAAGGCAGAGAACAUCUCCCUGUGGAUGUCUGCAGAAGAGGUGUGCGCCAGCUGCCCGGCGCUGCUGGGCCAGAGGAGGCCGGAGGGGCCGAAAGAGGAGAAGGCGCCCGGUGCCUUGUCCGCGCUCAUCCCGCUGGACGAAGCCUCGCUGCUGGAGAUGAAGGCCGAUGUCAGGAGCCUGGUGCAGCGAGCCGGGCGCCAGGUGGCCGAGGCCGGGACCCCCGAGUGCUCCAUCCUGAGCACGGUGCACGUGCUGGGCGCCUACGCCAGCAUCGGCUCCCUGGCGGGCGCCUUCAGGGAGGCGGGAGCCCUGGAGCUGCUGACGGCCAUGCUGUGCCACCGGGAGAAGCGGAUCCGCCGCGGUGCCGGCGAGAUGCUGCGCGCUCUGGGCGCUCAGGAUGCAGGAGUCUGGGCCCAUGUCCUGCUGUCCCUGAGCCAGCAGGAUGGCAUUGAGCAGCACAUGGACUUUGACAGUCGCUGCACCUUGCUGGAGCUGUUUGCUGAGAUCACGUCCUCUGCAGAGCACUGCAUGUCCUUCGAGGGGAUUCACCUCCCGCAGAUCCCUGGGAAGCAGCUGUUUGUCCUGGUGAAGCGCUACCUGUGCGUGACUUCUCUCCUGGACAAGCUGAGCAGUGGCGUGGAGCAGGGAGAGGAGCAGCAGGGCUGUGCUGUGCCCGGCCCUGUCCCUGAGGAGAGGAGCCGUGUGAAGCAGGAGUUUGAGUUCAGCAUGGCCAUGGCAAACCUCAUCUCGGAGCUGGUGCACGUGAUGGGCUGGAGCCACAGGCACAAGGCAGAGCCGCUGGGCCAGCGGGACCUGCAGCCUCGCCCUGCCCGCUCCAUCUUCCAGCACAGGACCCCGGCCAGCACUGCUGCCGAAGCAGCCCCCGCAUCCCCAGCAAAGGAGCCCGUGACCUUCAAGACGCGCUCGGCCUUCCCGAGCCGCAGCAGCUACGUGGAGUACGUGCAGGCCACGCUGGUGAGCGGCAUGCGGGUGCGCAUGCUCGAGGACUACGAGCAGGUCAGCGCCGGCGACGAGGGCGACUUCCGCCGCAGCAACGACGGCAUGCCCCCGGUGCAGGUGUACUGGCAAGCUCUGGGCUGUACGUACUGGGUUCACUGGCACAUGGUCGAGAUCAUUGGCCCUUCAGAACAAAAGGAGCUUGAGGGCCAGGAGAAGGUGAACACCCUGACACGAAACCACAGACUGAGAGCAGUUCCACAGCCAUUCCUGUGCAAGCCCUUGGGGGGGCUGUACUCCCUGCCUUACCUGGGCCAGCGGCUGCCCAAGGCUGCAGACACGCUGAGCCGUGCCGAGUGGUGGGAGCUGCUCUUCUUUGUGAGGAAGCUGGAAGCACAGGAGCAGAAAGAGAUCACCUGUCUCAUCCAGCAGCACCAGGGAGAGCAGGUGGAUGAAGAAGCCCUGGUGCAGCUGUCGGUCCCUGCGGAGCUGGCCCAGAAGGUGCUGCAGGUCCUGGAGAAGCGGUGCCAGGGCAGCUCUCUGCGUGACCUGCGUGGCUCCCGUGUCUACGCCAGACGCUUCCUCGGAAGGGGAGCAGAGCAGGAUGGUGGAGGGAGCACCGCAGUGUCCUCAGAGGGUGACAGGAGCACUGGCCCUGAAGGCACGAUGGCCAAGGCAGCGGAGGGAGACCUUUCUGCAGCCCCAGGGCCGCAAGGCUGCAGUGUGGCAGUGAAGUCAGAUUCCCAGCUGUUCAGCGAGCUCUUGGAGAGGGAAGGGCUGUUCCUGCCAGAGGUGACGGAGGAGCAGAUCCAAGCGCUGGGCAGCUCCAAGGGGCUGAGCGAGAGCGGCUCGCUGGCCAAGGUUGCAGCUGUGGUGGACGUGAUCCAGAGCAGCAGCUCAGCGGUGGGGCUGCGCUUAGCUGGGCUCAAGCACAUCCUGAAGAUGCUGGAGGAGGAGCCCAAGUCGGAGCAGCAAGGCGGCACAGCCCAGGGCGGGCUGGGCAUCGGGAGUGCUGGGGAGAAGCUGGUGCAGGUGUCAGUGGAGCUGCUGAGCACGGAGGUGUCAGAGAAGGCGCUGGUGGCGGUGACGCUGCGGCUGCUGGCCGUGCUGCUGGCCCUGUGCUACGAGUGGCGCGUGCCCUUUGCCACGGAGGGCGGCGUGCGGGCCGUGCUGGGCUGCAUGCAGCAGCACGGCUGCUCGGCCCUGGUGCAGCAGGCCGGGCUGGCGGCCCUGAAGGUGCUGGUGGGAGCUGCGGACGCCGAGCCGGGAGGCGCCGGAGGGAAGUGCUUGCCCUGGAACCACGGCGAUGCGCAGAUGAUGCGGGAGAUCUUUGCCAGCAUCGGCUCUGCCUCCAGCAAGGGCUCUGCCAGCCUGCUGAGUAGCAUCCCUGCUGCCCUGAGCACCAUGCAGAGGGUCCCAGGGGGCUCCUCAGGAGUGCAGAACGGCCUGCUGGUGGUGAACAUGCUGAUGGACGGGCACCGGGGCCUGGCGGAGCAGCUGGCGAGCUGCGAUCUCCUGGCGGUGCUGCAGAGCUGCUGGAGGGCCGGGCAGAGCAGCGGCUGCCCCCAGGCAGUGCUGGCCCUCAGCGCCAUCAAUCGGCUGGCAGAGCACGGGCUGCCCCUGGGCCCGGAGGCAGCAGGCAGAGAGCUCCUGCUGGACCCCAAGGGCGUGCAGAUGCUGCUGGGUGGCCUGGACGAUGGCGUCCUGUCCAAGGAGGUGGUGGUGGCCCUGGAGCGGCAGCUCUGCAGCCAAGGCCCUGUUCCCUCUGGCCAGGUGGCCCAGCUGCUGCAGGACCACAGCUGCUUCCGGCUGUUGCUGCGCAGCUUGGAGCUGCUGGGGACAGAGAAGGCCGUGAGCCUGAGCAUCCUCAGGAUCCUGAACAAGUUCCUGGACAGUUACCAGGAGGAUGUGCUGCCCUGGCAUGAGUGUGUGGAGCCCUGCGUGUCCUUCCUGAUCACCCACAGCAGCAGCUGGGAGGUGCUGCAGGAGGUCGUUGGCUUCCUGCACCGCCUGGGCAGUGCCAGCAAGGACUGUGUGGUGGUGAUGUGCCACGUGGGCACCCACGAGGCUCUGUCCAAGGCCCUGGAAAAGCACAGCACGGUGCCGUCGUUGGCGCCGGCCCUGCUCGAGCUGGUGGCGGAGUGUGAGAAGUACGCCAGCCUCCACAAGAAGCUGACGAGCAGCAUCCUGGCUGGCUGCAUCCAGCUGGUCCUGGGACAGAUUGAGGAGCACCGCCGGAGCCACCAGCCCAUCAGCAUCCCCUUCUUUGAUGUCUUCCUGCACAACCUGUGCCAAGGCUCCAGCAUGGAGGUGAAGGAGGACAAGUGUUGGGAGAAGGUGCAGGUCUCUUCCAACUCGCACCAGGCCAGCAAGCUCAUGGACAGGAACCCCAGGACCUACUGGGAGUCGAAUGGCAGCACCGGCUCCCACUUCAUCACUGUGCACAUGCAGUGUGGAGUGGUGAUCAGGGAGCUGAGCAUGCUGGUGGCCAGCGAGGACUCCAGCUAUAUGCCAUCGAGGGUGGUGGUGCUGGGCGGGGACAGCCCUGCCACCAUCAGGACGGAGCUCAAUGCGGUGACCAUCCUGCCCUCGGACAGCAGAGUGAUCCUGCUGGAGAACAUGACCCGCUUCUGGCCCGUCAUCCAGAUCCGGGUGAAGCGGUGCCAGCAGGGUGGCAUUGACACACGUGUGCGUGGCAUCGAGGUGCUGGGUCCCAAACCCACCUUCUGGCCCAUCUUCAGGGAGCAGCUGUGCCGGCGGACGUUCCUCUCCUGCACCGCUCGGGCUCACGCCUGGAGCCAGGAGAUCUGCCGAGACCGGGGGCGGCUGCUGCAGCUCUUUGGCAGACUGAACCGGGCGCUGCAGCACGAGCAGGGCUUUGCCAACCGCUUCCUUCCCGACGACGAGGCAGCCCGGGCUCUGGGCAGGACGUUCUGGGAGGCCCUGGUGAACCCCUUGGUGCAGAGCAUCACCAGCCCAGACCCCGAUGGUGUCAGUCCCUUGGCCUGGCUGCUGAGUGAGUACCUGGAGAGCGUGGAGCUGCCCCGCCGUGCCACGGGACGCAGGGCUGCCUUUGGUUCCUGCGUGCGGCGCCUGACCCAGCUCCUGGUGCACGUGGACCCCGGCGGCCCCGAGCCAGAGGAGAGCAGAGCAGCUGGUGGGAAGCAGGGGAAGAACAAGGAGGUGCCGGCCAGGACUGCAAAGGCGGUGGUGGAGAAGUCGAGAGGCCUGCGGGGAAUCUCGCAGUGCUGGCGUGGCGUGGUGCAGCAGCAGGUGCAGCGGUUCCUGGAGGCGGCGGGGCAGGCGCCGGACCUUGCGGAGCGCUACUGCCGGCUGUACCGGCGCCUGCGCGGGGCCACGGAGGAGCUCUUCGGGCAGCAGGCCGCCUUUGUGCUGGCCCUGGGCCAGGGCUUUGCGGGGGCUUUGCUGCAGCUCUCCUUCCUGACUGCCCUGCACGUGAGCGAGCAGUUUGCCCGCUACCUUGACGUGCAGAUCCAGGAGCUCCGCAGGGCCGUGGGCAGCACGGGGCCUCUGGAGCGGCUGCAGCAAUUCUUGGAGCCCUUUGUCGUCUUCAGUGGCCUGGAGUUUGCCCACACCUUUGAACACUUCUACAGGUGAGGCUGCUGCGUCUCCCCAGAACCAGGGGCCUGCUGCAGCGUGGCCUGGUGUGCUGUGGGAGCUUGGCCUGCUGUGG